AUGCCUUCUCCAAAAUCCAUAUUAGCCGCCAUCUCCUUCGCCCCAUGGGUCUCUGCGUCUGCCAUACCACGGGCAGAUAGGUUUCACUGGUCGUCCAAGAAAGCUCUGCUUGCCUUUGGCGACUCCUACACAUAUGUCCAGGGAACACAUGGACUUCAAAACUACAGCUUCAUAGGCGAUGCCUUUGAUUUCUCAUAUGAUCAAGAGACCCUCCUCUCAAACAAGAUUGUUCAAAACCAAACAGGAACUGCAGAGGGAGGCCCUAACUGGGUCGAAUAUCUCACAGUAAGUGAUCGUGUCAACCGACAAGAAUUACCUGAGGAAAUCACCAGUCCCAGAUGCCCUAUCCGAAUGUUCCUCAUUGUUCUUUGCCUGACAUCUACCUAUCUACUACACAGUACACCGCUGCACCACAAUUAUACGGUUCCGUUCGUAGAUCAGAUAAAGCAAUAUGCAACAUAUGGCCAUAGCACUCUGUCCAAGUUCCUCACCACAAGUGAAACCCUAGUGGCAGUCUGGAUCGGCAUCAAUGACGUUGGCGAUAGCGCAAAAUACGCUGUCGAUUUCCCGACUUUCUACGCCAACUUGACGAAUACACUUUUCAACUCUGUCGAUACUCUAUACGAUCUGGGCUACAGAUCAUAUCUCAUUAUGAAUCUUCCACCCAUGGAUCGAGAUCCGGAUAACGUGGGUAGCAGUUAUUCAACGCCAAAUGUGACACAGGUGGCAUGGUAUAAUGCUGCCUUGACGGAGAGGGCGGGGAAGUUUGGGGAAGAGAAGAAGGAUGUCGAGAUUCAAGUCUUCGAUGCCCAUGCAAGGCUGAGUUGGAUUUUAGAUCAUCCCUCGGAAUUUGGGAUUGUGAAUACGACGGAUUAUUGUGCUGGUUAUGAUCAGCCAGAUAUUGCGUGGAAUUACAAGGCCUAUGGGUGUCCGACGCCGCUGGACGAGUACUUUUGGUACAACACCGGGCAUAUGACGAGUCACACGCAUCGGCUGUUGGCCUCGGAGUUGGAGAAGUGGCUGCAGAGUUAA